AUGGCAACGCUUAUAAAAAACAAGCUUUCAAAUGUUGCUACUUCCGUCUCGAACAGAUCUCAGGCUAAAGUUAGCGGGGUGUUCGCCAGGAUGGGCUUUCAAGCGGCGACUGACGAGGAAGCUGUAGGAUUUGCCCAAUGUGAUGACUUGGACUAUGAGCAUCGUCAGGGUCUGCAGAUGGACAUUUUGAAGCCUGAAGAGGUGAGCGGAGAGGCAGAGCCAGUGGCUGAGGGCGAUAGUCACUACCAGAGGGACGGGACUGGUCUGCCUCCUUCAACCUCCAAGGAUGGGGAGCCGUGUGUGGAAUUAGCACCUCAGGGGAAGCCCAAAAUCACUGCCUGGGAAGCGGGCUGGAAUGUGACAAAUGCCAUCCAGGGUAUGUUCGUCCUGGGCCUCCCCUAUGCCAUCCUGCACGGAGGAUAUCUCGGACUGUUUUUAAUCAUUUUCGCUGCUGUUGUGUGUUGCUACACGGGAAAAAUCCUGAUUGCUUGCCUGUACGAGGAAAACGAAGACGGCGAGCUGGUGAGAGUAAGAGAUUCCUAUGUAGACAUUGCCAAUGCCUGCUGUGCCCCUCGCUUUCCGAAGCUGGGUGGCAGGGUCGUGAAUGUAGCCCAAAUCAUUGAGUUAAUAAUGACCUGCGUUUUGUAUGUGGUCGUAAGUGGCAACCUUAUGUAUAACAGUUUCCCGAAUCUGCCCGUCUCUGAAAAGUCGUGGUCUAUCUUGGCCACUGCUAUACUAUUACCUUGCGCGUUCCUGAAAAAUCUCAAAGCGGUGUCCAAGUUCAGUUUGCUCUGCACUCUGGCACAUUUUGUAAUUAACAUCUUAGUGAUCGCCUACUGCCUGUCUCGAGCCCGGGACUGGGCCUGGGACAAAGUCAAAUUCUACAUUGAUGUAAAAAAGUUCCCAAUUUCCAUCGGUAUUAUCGUCUUUAGCUACACGUCACAGAUCUUCCUGCCGUCGCUGGAGGGCAACAUGAAAAGCCCCAAAGAAUUCCACAGUAUGAUGAACUGGACUCAUAUAGCAGCGUGUAUAUUAAAGGGACUGUUCGCCCUGGUAGCCUAUCUAACCUGGGCAGAUGAGACAAAAGAGGUGAUCACAGACAACCUGCCCUCUACUAUUAGGGCAGUGGUCAACGUUUUUCUAGUGGCCAAAGCUUUGCUCUCCUAUCCGCUGCCAUUCUUCGCAGCUGUAGAAGUCUUAGAGAAGUCCUUUUUCCAGGAGGGCAGGAUUGCAAUGUUUACGAAUUGUUAUGGGGUAGAUGGUAAACUCAAAUCAUGGGGCUUAGCUUUACGCUGCAUACUGGUGGUCUUGACCUUGUUUAUGGCCAUGUAUAUCCCCCAUUUCGCUCUGUUAAUGGGCCUGACUGGGAGCCUAACGGGUGCAGGUCUCUGUUUUCUGCUCCCGAGUCUCUUCCACCUCAGAAUAUUGUGGCGAAAACUGCAGUGGCAUCAUGUCUUUUUCGAUGUCUCCAUAUUUGUCAUCGGUUCUAUAUGCAGUGUGUCCGGCUUCAUCCAUUCGCUGGAGGGACUAAUUGAGGCUUUCGCCUCCAACACAAGCGACUGA